UGUAGUGAACGAUCGCGGUUAGCUAAUCAACAGCAGAUAUGAGAACUGAGGUGUCUUGGAAACGGCGGCUUCAACGAAAGCGUCUGAAGUACACGUUGGUGUGCGUUCUUGUAGCCGCCGUGAUAUUUGUGAUGCAUCAGCUAUUGUACUUCACAGAGUUGAAUUCACAGAAUACCAACGUGGGCAAGUUGAUCGUCGGCUCACUGAAGGACUCUCAUCGCGUGAUCGUCGGCAACAAAGAUACUUCCAAGUGGCAGCAGCCGCAGCAUUCAAAGCUCAUACGCGAAAAGAACGGUCGCACUGUGUCAUUGCGCGGUUCACGAGACCAAGACGUCGGCAAAUACCUGCCCAAUGCCAAUGGCAAAUUUGUGUGUUUCGCAGAGAAGACGGAAAUUGAUUUUACAAGAAUUAAUGACGAUUAUUGCGACUGCCCAGCGGAUGGCAGCGACGAGCCGGGCACCAACGCAUGCAACAAUGGUUUCUUCUAUUGCGAGAAGAGUUCCAAACAGUCAGCAGUGAAAAUACCAUCGUACAAAGUCAAUGAUGGAUUUUGCGAUUGUUGCGAUGGUUCUGAUGAGUGGGCUGAAGUGCCAGUAUUACAUAAACUCAGUGAUUCAGGCAUAAUUUUCCAAGGACUGAAAUGUCCAACAAGAUGUUAACAAGAGAAAUAUGGGUGUCACACUUACAUCAGAGGAAAAGUACUGUUAUUUCUUUUUUAUGUUCCAAUUAUUGUGGAUUUAUAUAUUGCAAUAGGAUUGGCACAAUUAAAUAUAAGCGAUAAUAUAUUAUCAAUUUGUCUAGCAAAGUAACUUCAUAUUUUCUUCUUAUCAUAAGAAAAUACACUUAUAUAAUAUAUGCAUUGUAGAUAGCUAUAAGUGACAAAAUAUUGGAUAUGAGAAGGUGUUUCAUUUUUUUUUAGCACAUAUUUGAGACUAAUAUACAGAAUUCUUUGAGAGUAAACCUCAGAGUUUACUUUUAAAGAAUAUACCUCGGAAAAUAAUGUAAUAAUGUAUGCAUAUAAAAGCAGCUUUUUUUUCUUAGUAAUAUUAAUUUGUUAGUAUUAUGCAUUAGAUUUUACAUUAUUUAGGUAUUCCCUAUUACCAUUUUUUUUCUAUGUAUACUUAUUUAUUAUAAAAUAUAUUCUUUUUUUAUUUUCCCUUAGUUUGAUUUAUUUGUAAUAUGCAUAAACAGAUCUUGUUAUAUAAUACGUUAUUAGGAAAAACGAUAUAUUAAAAUUAUGUGAAAAUUUCGCGAAUAUAAGAACAGAAACUUUACAUUUUUAUUAUUGUUUUGGAUUGUUAAAUGAAAUUAAUUUUGAUUAUUGAUUCAAAUUAAUAAUUAUUUAGAAAAAUAUACAUAUCAUAAUAAAAUAAUAAUUACGAAAAUUGUACAGAAAACAAUUAUAAUGUAAAUAAUGUAUUAUAUGCGACUUAUGUUUAAUUUUUUGCAAUUUGUGACUAGAUUAAGAUAACAAAACAAAGGACGCAGUAAUUAUAUGUGCGUUGCGACGUAAUGCGAGUUUGCAACGGUUAAAUGUAUUUUACGAAAUCAUUUGUUCAAUCAUAAAAUUAUAAUUUGUAUAUUUUAAACAUUAUCUUGAUUCUCAAGUGAGAAAAAAGUUUAUCAUUUUAUCAACUCUGUACAGUUCAUAGACAAUUCUAAACUUCAACAGUGAAAAUAGCUUUAUCGUACAUUACUUCCAAUACAAGUAAGAACGUUGAAGUGCGAUGAUAAACUUCGCGUUUUUUCCCCGAAAUGUAGGACUCGUUGUACAGGUAUUCCCAUGCUUCGCAAACUCUCGCUGAAGCAAUUUUCUUCCUCGCGGAUCCAAGGCCGAUGAGUGUCUCGCACUUGAUAUGGUGUGACGUGUAUAUGUGUGUUUAUUCCUAAAGAAAAUAUAAGAUGUCUCGCAACGAAA